AUGUCAUAUACCGUGACGGUCACCAAGGAACUAGAAAAGAAAAAGAAAGAAGAAGAGGAGAAAGCAAAAGAGGAGGAACUAAAAGCUAUUGAAGAAAAAGCUCAGUCUGAGUCGCAGCUCCUAGAAGUUAAAGAGAGACUAGGUAAACUAGAGGAAGUUGUUAAGGAAAUUGCGGUUGAAUCAAAGAAACAAUCAGGUGGCAGUGUAACAAAAACCCAGGUCCAGGAAGACAUUAGUGAGACAAUCAAACAGAAGUCCCUGGAACCAGCACCAGUUCCUGAUUCUUCCCAGCAGGAUCAGAAGGGCAAGACCCAAAAUGAAGGAACUUCUCCAGAUGGGAUUUUUAGGAAGGUGCAAUUUAAGCCUGUUACCAAAUAUGAGUCUUUCACGAUUGAUGACCUGCCAGGGCAGCAAUGGAUUAGAUUGAAAAGAAAGUUCAGAGAGAAUGAAGAGGUUAAGGUGGAAGCAACCAUGUUUGACGGAGCUGUUCCAAUUCCAAAAUCUGGUGUGCCUGGCAUAAAGGAAGAUGUGCUGCUUCAUAUUACUUUGAUUGUUAAUAUCUCAAAGGGUGAUGGUGAUGUCUUGGAGAUUGUGGGUUCAGCUUGGCCCGAUAGCAUAGAAAUUACAAACCUUUUAGCACGCCGGAGUGACAAUACCUCACCUAAAGCUUAUGAUGGUCCUGAAUUCAAGGAAUUGGACGAUGAGUUCCAAGAUACACUUUAUGAAUUCUUGGAGGCAAGAGGUAUAAAUGAAGAAAUGGCAGCUUUCUUGCAUGAAUACAUGAGGAACAAAGCAACGGAAUGA